CAUCAGUAGGUCUCCUAACAUACGUGCUAUCGGUGAGCGACUUAUGAUUGAUGGGAGUUUCGCCUGCUGUUUGGCUUAAUUCGUGACCUCAAAGAAUGGACAACAGGAAUUUCCGACCCGAGGAAUGCUGCGAAUGACCGGAGAUAUGGGCGAACAGAGCGGAUGAAACGCAGUGACCACGCCCUACCUGCGUAUCCGAGAGAGGCCGGGCGGAACCCCAGAUAUUCUUCAGCUUGUCGCUAAGUUCCUCUCAGGAACCAUCGCUGGGAGACUGCUGAUAACAUGUGGAUUCUGCACGCUGAAUGACCUGAAAGACAAAGUCUACAUGCUUGGAAUAAAAUAGAGAAAGCAAGCAAUCUAAUGUCAACAAAAGAAGGCUUUGAAAAUAUCAACCAAGAGGAGCAUUUCUCAGUCCAACCCAAGGGACACAAAAAUGAGAGGACUUGAUGCAUGAGGAACACUCUUGUGGGCAAACAUUCAACAUGUCCUCUUACUGGAGAGCAGUUUAACAAACAUCGGUUUUGAGCAUCCUUGUAGAAAUAAAAGUGGACCAUGGAGCCACUUGAGGCUGCCGCUGGACAGAAAUGCACCAAGGAGCCGCGAGAGAAGAGCCCGCUGCAGAGAAAAUGGCUUUCAGAGCCCACAGCCAGCACUAAGAGAAGCACUUUCGCCGAUUCGCAGGGCAAGCGGCGCUCACAGCGUGAAGGCAAUCAGAGCGGCGACGCCGGCACUGCAGACUCGCUGGAAAAGGGCGCCUCCGGGACCCCGCCCUCCCCCGCAGUCAGCCAGCCGUCUCAUGAAAAACAGUUCCCGCAGCACUUCCCCGGGGCCUACUUCCGCCAGUUACCGCAUCCUUACCCACAGCAGGCUGCAGUCAGCAGAGACGUGGAGACGUUCCCGGCCGGCGCGAAGCCGCGGCUGCAGGCCAGCCUGGACGCGCAGGGCUGGCCAUUCGCUGGCCAGCUGCAGGCCCUCCCCCCAGAUGACCUGCUCCCCGGGCGAUCCCGCAGCCACGGAGGGGGUUUUCCCCACAGGAAGUCUCCCACUUUCCCUUUCAGCAAGUAUCCCCAGGCGGGGAGAGAGCAGCCAGAGGACCUCCACAGGAAGGAGCAGAAACCCAAGAAGCCGGGGAAGUACAUCUGCCACUACUGCGGCCGGGCCUGCGCCAAGCCCAGCGUGCUGAAGAAGCACAUCCGCUCACACACCGGGGAGAGGCCCUACCCUUGCGUGCCCUGUGGCUUCUCCUUCAAAACCAAGAGCAACCUGUACAAACACAGAAAGUCCCACGCCCACGCCAUCAAAGCCGGGCUGGUGCCCUGCUCGGAGCUGGCGUCCGCCCGGGGGGACGCGGACGCGGCGUUCUCGGUGGGGGAGGCGGAGGUGCAUUCUGAUGGGGAGCUGAGCACCGACACUGAUGAGGAUGCGGCUGAGGGGUUGGCGCUCCUGGAAAAAAGUAGCCCCCUCGCUUACGCGUCCUUCGAGGCUGACAAGAGCACAACGGAGAGGGACGGCGGCGAGACAGCAAGCACCGAGUCUGGCGAGGAGCUGACCGGGACCUCGGCGAAAGUGCCCCUGCUGAUCGUCCCCAAACAGGGAACGAUGUCAGCGGCUGCGCCGAGCCCCAAGUUCGCCGACGUCGAGACGUCUCCUGCGGGUCCCCGAGAAGGAGGCGGGGACGAAUUUCACUCCGUCAAGCAGCGGCUUGCGCUUAGACUCCAUGAGAAAAAGGGACAGGACUCCGAGUCCUCUUACAACCUGCUGAGCCCCCACAGCAAAGGCAGCACUGACUCGGGCUACUUCUCCCGCUCUGAAAGCGCCGAGCAGCAGGUCAGCCCGCCCAUCACCAACGCAAAAUCCUACGAGGAGAUCAUGUUUGGAAAGUAUUACCGGCCCAGCCCCAGGCCCAGGCAGUCCAUUACAGUGGGGAUGGCGACUGUAGCCCACAAAGACACUAAUGUAGCUGACUUGACUGACAAACCUAGUGUUGUGCAUAAAUUAGCCAUGGGAAAAUUUGCCGAAGACUGCAUGUCCUCCCACCUUUUCACAAAGGAUGAAAACAUGGUUGACCCAGUUAACCUAAAUACUAACAUAUUUUUAAGAGGAGCCAUUACAGAAUUGCAAAGGUCAGAAGGCUUCGACCGAAAGCAGUAUCCCCCAAGUCAAGUCAACCCCAUUCACCUCGAGGCUCCCUCAGAUACAGCGUCACUAAUGAGGAGCAAUUCCAUGCCGACGUCCUCUGCGACCAACCUUGACGUCCCCCCAGGUUUACGAGGGAGCCACUCCUUUGAUGAGAGGAUGACCUCUGACGACGUGUUUUACCCCAGUCCUGGCGGCCUGAGAAGGCUCAGGAGACAGGGUGCCUUUGAACUGUCAGCCCAUGAAGGCCAUGCGGAAUCCGAGAGCCACCCAGCCCUCUCCAAAAGCGCCGUUUCCCCACCUGGAGCAGCGAAAUCGGGGGAACGUUGUGCUCUGACGCCCGAGCUGAAAGGCUAUGCUUCGUACGGUGCGAAAGUUGGAAUGGAGGGUUACCCUGAAUUUCAGUCGCAGCUGAUGUAUCAAAGGCAGGUGAUGGAAACCGCCACCAGGAAACGGAGGAAGGAAAAGAGCGUAGGGGAUGAAGAGGACAGCCCCAGCCAUUACGCCAGUGACCACUCGGUUGAAAUGCUGGGGUCCCCUGGGGACUAUGACUCAAAACAAGUCAAUCAGGAGUCAUUGAGGACUACGCCUACCGGAAAAGGACACCUCCACAGUGUGCGUAGCCAGUCAGACAGCAUUGACAUGGGCAUUGGUGGGUCCUCUGAGGACAGGGUGCUCAUUCAAGACUCUGACAGGAAAACCCCAGUUAAUGUCAUCUCCGUCAUCCAGCACACCAACUCAUUAAGCAGACCCGGCUCUUUCGAGAAGUCGGACUCAGUUGACUACCCGUGCUACCUUCAGGGUAAACUUACCGGUUCGUAUUCUGAGCACUCUGACUCAGAAAACACUGAGGAGGUGCAAAGCAUGGACUCCCUGUCAAGAUCUGAGAGUAUAGAGCAGCAACAGAGUGAGGUUGACAUGCCAGCCCAGCAAAGGCACGUAGCGCCCAAACUGGUCCGUCAGCCCAACAUCCUAGUGCCGGAAAUUAGGGUGACCGAGGAGCCAGACAAACCCGAAAAGGGGCCCGAGCCGCCGGUGAAAGAGCCGGAGAAGCACGUGGAGGAGUUCCAGUGGCCGCAGAGAAGCGAAACGCUCUCUCAGCUUCCUGCCGAGAAGCUGCCGCCGAAAAAGAAACGCCUGCGUCUGGCCGAGCUGGAGCACUCCUCCGGCGAGUCAAGCUUUGAGUCGACCUGCACCAGCCUCUCCAGGAGCCCCAGUCAGGAGAGCAACCUGUCUCACAGCUCAAGCCUCUCCAUGUCGUUUGACAGGGAGGAGAGCGUCAAGCUGGGCUCCCCAAUGAGGCCGGAAGACCCCAACAAGCAGUCUGAGUUCCUGACCGUGCCGGGAAGCGGGCACCAGCAUCAUCAGAGAGAGAUGAGACGGUCGUCAUCAGAGCAGGCGCCCUGCACGUUGCCCUCAGAGAGCCUGGAGAUCAGGAGCAAGUCAUUUGACUAUGGGAGUCUUUCCCCCUUGUCCAGACAGGGUGAGGUCUACGCCAGCGCCUCCUCCAUGAAGGAGCGGAGACGAGGCUACUUGGUGAGGCAGGCCUCCUUAAGUGUUCACCCUGAAACCGGAAUGCAGGACAAAGGUUCAGAUAUGAACAUUAAGCAAGAGCACCUGGAACAAACGGUCAGCGGCCUCCACCGAGGCGCUUCUUCACCUCUGGCUGGUACAAGUCAUGGCGCGCCCGUCGCCGAUGCAGCUAGAAACAAGAGAAAUGUUCAGCCAGUCCUAGGUUUACAUAAUCGUCCACUGCAGCAGAGCAUCAGUGAGGAAGACCGGCAAGAGGGCCAUCCGCUAAUGCAGAAAGCAUAUCAUUUACCUGGCUGGCAGCCUUCAGAAAGUGACCAUCAGACGCAUGAAUUCUCCAGCCAAGAGGUAGCCUGGCACCCCGCCUCUUUUCACAGUGGCUUGGCUCAAUCACCAUUCCUGCCAUUUCAGCCAGGUACCUUCUGGCACCCGGAGUUGUCGCAACGCCACAAGCAGCACGUUGCUUUCCAGACACAGCAGCUACAAAAGCUACAUAUCAGGCAGCCCACUGCACAGCAGGCCCACCACAAACCCCAGCAGACUCCACAGCUGCAGCAGAUACAGGAGCAGGGUGAUUCAGAGCCUGCCGAGUUUGCAUCGGAUCAGAGCUACCAAUACAUCCCAAGAGGCUCGCCCCAUCAUCUCAGCAACCUCCUGUCAAAAGCCUUCACUGAGAGUCCGGGGCUUUUGCACCCGAAUCAGCCUGUCCUCUCCGUUCAGAACGCCAGGUCACAGCCAUCGCUGCCUAGCAUGCUGGUUCCUGUAAGAGUUCAGACCAACGUGCCGUCUUACGCCACUGCAACAUACACCAGUGUUUCACAGAUUUUGGUCCCCCAAGCUCAGAGUGCAAAUCCCACUUCUGCCAUAUGCAAAGUCACCGAUGACUCCGCUUUGAAGCCCGGAUUAGGGUUCAACCUGGCUCAGAUAUUGGGUCAACCCGGACCUCUCCUGCCCUAUCCCUUCUGGAAGGUUCCUGACCCGCCUCUGGUCCAGCUGAAUACAGGAAUCCCUCUGUCUCUGACCUGCGGAUCCAUCGUCACCACGGACGCCUCGAGCAUGGGGAGCAGCAAGCGCCUGCUGUCGCCGGCCAGCAGCCUGGAGCUCUUCACCGAGAUCAAACAGCAGAAGCGAGUGAAGGAGGAGAGGAUGUACGGCCAGAUCGUGGAGGAGCUGAGCGCCGUGGAGCUCGGCAACUCCAGCACGGCUAGCGAUGCCGGCAAGCUGCAGAAGCCGGGCCUUGAGAAGGACGACGGCUCUGCCGACCACCAGGAGGGUAUGGCGUCCCCACCGCUGUCCGGUGCCCAAUCCUCAAAGUUAUCCUCUUUUCCUUCACAAGAGGAGCAUAGGACCGGUCGCUACAGUCCUCCUCGGCCGAUGCAGACAGACUCUCCCGACGGCAGGGAGUCCCCGGAGGAGCUGGAGGUGGACGAGCCCCCCCGCGAAGCCGGCUCUGACCUGGCCUCAGCACUCUCUGCGGGUGGCGCUCCGGAGGUCAGGCAGGCGACAGAUGGCAAGACGUGGGGUGCCGCCGCAGCCAUUGGCGGUGCCUCUCUGCUGACCGCUGACGUUCAGCGGGUCCUUCGAUUCCCCAGCCUUCGCACCACCGCCAGCGUGAGCUGGUGCUUCCUGAGCUACACCAAGCCCACCGACGCCCAGACCGCCCCACACUCGUCCGUUUAUGCUUCCUGGUGCGUGAGCUCCAACAACCCAAACCCGCCCGGCCUCAACACCAAGACGGCUCUGGCGCUGCUCUGCUCCAAGCAGAGGAAGAACACAGAAACCUUCACAAUGGCCGCCAUGUGUCAGCCCGGAACCAGCAAACUCGUGUCAUCAUACCUGUGGCAGCAGAGGCUUGACCAGGUAGGAAAAAGGGUGAAGCCAGAGCUCAUGCAGUUAGACAUGAAUAAGUUUGAGAAAAAAGUGAGAGGCGUCAGCUCUCGGGAAAGAGUGAAGGAGGGCCACAGAGAGAAAGAGGCCACCUCGAAGCCCGCUGAGCCAACACGCAUCAAAAUCUUUGAAGGAGGGUACAAAUCGAAUGAAGAUUACAUCUACGUGAGAGGCCGGGGCCGAGGGAAGUACAUCUGUGAGGAGUGCGGCAUCCGCUGCAAGAAGCCCAGCAUGCUGAAGAAACACAUCCGCUCGCACACCGACGUCAGGCCCUACGUCUGCAAGUUCUGCAACUUCGCUUUCAAAACGAAAGGAAAUCUGACGAAGCACAUGAAGUCCAAAGCCCACAUGAAGAAGUGCUUGGAGCUGGGCGUGCCCGUGACGUCUGUGGAUGACGGCGAGGCGGAGGAAGCUGACAACGUGGAUGAGGGCAGGAGGGAUUCUGGGAAGGCGGAGGCGUUGGACGUGGUGGCGGAGCACCAAUUCUCUGAUGCGGAGGACUCGGAGGGUGCCGAGGAAGAGGGCGACGACAUCGAGGAAGACGACGACGAAGACGACGAUUACGACGGCGACUCCACCCCAAAGACCCGCUCCAGGAGUACGAGUCCCCGCCCCUACGGAAGCCCCGCCCCGUCUGUGACCGCUGUGGCCGCCUCCCAGGGCUCUUCCCCCGAGCUCCAGGGCCCCGCCCCCAAGCCGCCGCUCUGCAGCUACUUCCUGUCGCUGCCCAGCAUCCAGAUCACACCGCUUGCAGCGUCCGGCGAUCAGGAGGACGAGCAGCAGAGCGCAGGGGAGCGGAGCCGCCUGCAGGGGGCCUCCCUGAGCAGCAACGUGGCCGGCUCCAUGGAGGAGGACCGGGGGCUGUCCCCGAUUCGCGACUCCUCCCCGUCACGGCUGUCCUCUCUGGGCUGCGAGCCCGCUUCCCGCCGGUACCUGUCCCCGCGCAGAGACCUGUCGCCCCGCGGACGCCUGUCUCCGAGGCGGGAGGCCUCCCCGCUGCGCCACAUCUCGCCCAAGAGGAGGGACCUGUCGCCGCGGAGACACCUCUCGCCCGUGCCUCCGCGGGACCUCUCGCCCAGGAGCAGGCACCGAGGCAUGAUCCGGGCCGUGUCGCCCCGGAGGGGUUCCAACCGACACCUCCACAGCGCCCCCUGGGACCUGGGGCAGUACCUGCUGCCUGAGGCAGGGCUGGAGUUGAGGAAGAGCAGUCUCCAAGGAUUACGCCUCUCUGGGGAGGCGGUGGGGGCACGGGACCCCGUCGCCACGGUCAACCAGGGGUUGUUCAGCCACCUCCCCCUGCACUCCCAGCGGCAGGUGAGGACAGCCCUUCCCAUGAUUCCUAUCGGCGGGAUCCAGGUGGUGCACUCCGCACCCACGUCGGUCGCCGGCCCCGCCCCUCCCGUGCAGCUCCCGCCACAGAAGAGCACGUGGAAGGAGUCCGGGGCCGAGGCGAGUCUCCGCCCCCGGGAGGCCAGCGCCUCCCUCCUCCGAAAGGAGAAGCUCCCCUCCCCCGCAGCCUCCCCGGCGUCGCCGGGCGUGAGCAGCCCGUCCCCCGGCCCCGCCCACGGGGACUCUGCCGGCGUCGGGGAGGAGGACGGCAGACAGGACGAGAGCGUGCAGACCUGCACCAGGGCCAUCGCGUCCCUGCGGAUCGCCUCGGAGGACGCCCCCGACAGGCCCGCCCAACCCGCCGACCCCCGUCACCCCUGGCCUCCCCUCCCGAGCUCCGCCGGGGGUGAGCGCCACGCUGUUCCGCACUUCAGCGGCUCAGAGCGCCAGCGUUCACAGGCGGGUGUUUCAGCCACUCCCACUGAACCCAGCUCUGAACAUGAUAGGCUAGCUGCGUCCGAGGCUCCGCCCAGCCACCCCGCUGUCUGUAGUAAAAGUGCCAAUGAGAGACUGUUAGACCAACAGGUCCUCAGGGAGACGUCCACAAGCGCAAAGACGGGUAAAGAUUCUCCAAAAGAAGCUAUGGACUACAGGUGAAACAUAGCAGUAGGGGAUUGCAGUGGAAACACACACACACACACACACACGCGUGUAGACAAGUCUUUAAACAGCAAAUUAAGUAGGGAUUCUAUAGAUUAAACCUAUGUAUAGCACGCCUUUAUAACCUGGUUUGCUAUUUAAGGAUUUCAUUCUUAUUUAAAGUUUGAGAAGUUAUGUUAAAUUAUAUAUGAGCCUGACCAAAAUUGC